AUGAAGAAGAUGCAUCCAGUAGUGAGAAAGCUCUUGUUCUCCGAGGAAGGGUCAAACUCGGACAAUAAUCAACAACCUGAUGAUGCAAUUGAGGUGUUCUCACCUCCCCAUGAAACUGACCCAAAAUAUACACUCGGUGAAAAGUUGGGUGAAGGGACAUUUGGGGAAACAUAUAUAUGUACCCACACACUUACCGGUGAUGUUUUUGCCUGUAAGACAGUAAACAAGUGUCUCACUAAAGCAUAUGAUGCUAACGUGAAAAGAGAGAUAACGAUAAUGAAAAAGUUCUCACACCGAAACAUCAUGACAUUAAAUGAUGCGUAUCAAGACGAUGACACAUUCUAUAUCGUUAUGGAACUAUGUUCUUGCGGGACGCUUGGUGAUCAUAUGAAACUUAAGGGGCGUUACACCGAAACGGAGGCUGCUAACAUUAUCCGCCAAGUUGUUGAAGCCCUCAAGUGGUAA